AUGGCGAUAAAGAUGAAGGGGAUCUUCAAAGGGCUGAAGAUAAUUUCUCAAAUGUUUGUGCACAAGGAGCAUGAGAUGGAGAUUGGGUACCCUACAGAUGUAAAGCAUGUGGCUCACAUAGGUCUGGGCACCAGUGACACAUCUCCAAGCUGGAUGGCUGAAUUCAAGGGAACAGAUGAUUUAUCAGCAGGCUCUGUGAGCACAGCUGCGCAGUCGAGGCAGACUUCUUGGGCUUCUGCAGACUUUGAACAGCCAAGAAGCAUGGUGCCGAUUGAGAUGUUCCAGGACAACAGGCCCGGGCAAGAGAACGCAGACAUGCCGCCAAGGGGGGCGAGGAAGGCGAGGAGGAAGAAGAACAGGGCGUCGUCGCCUGCUUCGUCAGCAAGGUCAUCUUCCUCGAGGUCCAGAGCCUCAUUUGCGACGGCGUACGAUGCCUUCAGCGAGUCACAGAGAGGGUUCCGGGUCGCCUGA